GUUCUUGCUUCAAGCCCCCACCCGUCCCCAACCCUUACUUAACCUGAGAGAGAGAGAGAGAGAGAGAGAGAGAGAGAGAAAUCCAAAGAAAUUGCCAUCCAUGGCGUCCGGCUGCUGCGUCCUCGUCGAUUCAGGGGCGUACAUCGACGACACCAACGACAGCACCAACGACAGCACGGCCCGAGACUUUACUACUACAGGCAAUCAGAUGAUGGUUUCCUUAUGGCCUGCUCAGCCGCCGAUCCCCUCCCGUCUGUCCGUGCACUGCAAGAGGAUGCGUCUCGGCCAUGUCUUCUUCCAGGAACCCAAGAUCCUUUGCGCUGUGGACUGCUUCUUUGUCCUCCGCAUCGCCAUGGGCCGCAGCCCCCCACCCAUAAACAUCACAAAGAAGAUGAGCGACUACUUCAUCUACCAGUCAGCUAGCUCCACAGGUCCGUCGCUCAAGCUCCUCCCGCACCCUCACCCUCACUUGUUCACAGACAAUGAGGUUGGCGUCCUCCCCCGCGGCAACGAAUUUACCAUCGCCGUGCUGUCUCAAACCUCAUAUUACAAUUUCGUGCUCUACCUCUUCAAAUCCGAGGACUGGUAUUGGACCUCCAAGAAGGUGCUGGUGGACUCGCCGCGGCUACCCUUCCCCAUGCCGCUCCCCCCUGACGAUGUCCUUGGCCACUUUCAGCAUCAUGGCAACUCGGUCAUCACCAUCGGGAGCAGGGGACUCGUUGGCUGGGUUGAUCUCUGGCACGGAAUACUGCUCUACGACGUGCUCCGUGACGACAACGACAAAGUACGCCUUGUGCCGCUGCCGGUAAGGCUGGGAAGCCAUGGCGGCUAUGCGCUUGUUUGCUGUCCAAAGCCUUACCGAAGCGUUGCUGUCCUGGGGGAUUGCCUCAAGUUUGUCGAGUUGGAAGUCUCCGGCGAUCGUCUUCCUGGUAAAGACCCUGAAACCAGGGGCCCCAAUAUCAGAAUUGAUGACUGGGCACUCACCACAUAUACCAACUGCAACAUCACCGGCGAUCCCGACGAUUGGAUAAUCGACUUCACUGUCAAGGCAUCUGCCAUCCGAAUUGACACAGCAAUGCGGUCUGGAUUGGUUCGCUGUGGAAUGCUGCGUAAGAGUGAGGCUGCAGAGAGAAACUUGCAAAAUCUCUGGACAUGUCAGCCUGUUCUCAGCCUGAAUGACCAAGGUACUGUUGUUUACCUCAUCACCAGGGUCAAAUUCCGGCACCCUAAGGCAUGGCUUCUUGCUGUUGACAUGGCCAACAAGCAAGUACGAGCAAUGGCUAAGAUUGAGGCUGAAAGGAGCACCGCCUUGUCGCUCAAGUAUUUUCCUUGUAGGAUCUCAUCUCCAGCUACCUGCCUGAAUGGGACAACUAUGCCAGUUACUCGUGGCACACUGAUGCUUGGGGAACAAACUGCGGGUGAUGGCGGGAAAUGAACUGCGUCUACCGAACCUGGUGAAGGUUAAGGUUUAUAAUAGUUAAUCUGAGUGUUUUACCGGGACACUUUGUAUGCUCGCUCGUAUGGGGUUGUAAUAAUGUUGAGGACAUUCUUCUCUGCAUGUGGUUAUAUCUUAUUUUUCUGUACUCCUAAUUUGAAUUUGGCGGUAUUGCAUUACCAGUGUUAUUUACAUUAUUGCAUCAUAAAA